GUUCUUUGUGUUGUGUUUGUCAGCUAGUUCAGCCUUGUGAAACAAACACAUACAGUCAGUCUUCGUUGUUUGUUUUGCAGUUUAUUUGAUAAAGUUACCCAACUGGACAACUGUUAUCAUGGCACAGAACAAGAGAAAGCCCCUCGCUCAGUGUGACUGCCCAUCAACAUCCAGAACUGACGCACCGAGAAAUGAGAGAAGUGCUGAGGACGACAUUCUAAGCCGGUUUAAAAUCGGCAGAAUGCUUGGUGAGGGAGGAUUCGGCAAGGUUUAUAAAGGGAAGCGCUUGGCGGAUGGUCUUGAGGUGGCAGUGAAAUAUGUCAAAAAGUCAAAGAGCAUGGAAUACGUCAGAAUUCCUGGUCAUCCUACACCCGUCCCAUUAGAGGUCGGCCUGUUAAAAUAUGUUAAUAGGGACCCCAAAGUUAAAGAGAUCAUUGAACUGCUGGACUGGCAGGACCAGCCUGACGGAUAUAUCAUGGUCUUGGAGCGUCCCCCACACUGCGAAGAUGUGUUUAAUUUUUGGGAUAAUCACAAACGCAUUCUCUGUGAGGAAACGGCACGGACUAUCAUGGCGCAGGCAACAACGGCUGCUCAGACGUGCUGUGACCGAAGAGUUUUCCACAGCGACAUCAAGUUACAAAACCUGCUGAUCAACAAAAAAACACUUGAGGUCAAACUGAUUGACUUCGGGUGCGGGAGAUUCCUGAAAGAGUCCGCCUAUUACGACUUCCGUGGCACAAGAAGGUACUGUCCACCUGAGUUCCACACAAGGGGCAAGUACCACGCUAAACCAGCUACUGUGUGGUCUCUGGGAAUGCUCUUAUUCGUAAUGUUGUUUGGACGCUAUCCAGAACCCGAAGACCAUCUGAUGAUUAAUGAUGACAUGUGGUCUGAGUGUCGCUUGUCAAAAGAUUGCCGCGACCUGAUUCGACGCCUCCUGCGGGAAACCCCAAGUGAGCGGAUUGGUUUGGAGGAAAUCAUUUCCCAUAAAUGGUUUAAGGUGUGCGACUCCCCCUCAACAUCCAGAACCAACGCGGCUACUGCACCGAGAAAUGAGAAAAGUGCUGAGGACGACAUUCUGAGCCGGUUUAAAAUCGGUGAAAUCCUUGGUUUUGGAGAAUUCUGCAAGGUUUAUGAAGGGAAGCGCUUGGCGGAUGGUCUUGAGGUGGCAGUGAAAAUUGUCAAAAAGUCAAAGAGCAUGGAAUACAUCAAAAUUCCUGGUCAUCCUACACCCGUCCCAUUAGAGGUCGGCCUGUUAAAAUAUGUUAAUAGGGACCCCAAAGUUAAAGAGAUCAUUGAACUGCUGGACUGGCAGGAUCAGCCUGACCAAUAUAUCAUGGUCUUGGAGCGUCCCCCACACUGCGAAGAUGUGUUUGUUUUUUGGGAUAAUCGCAAACGCAUUCUCUGUGAGGAAACGGCACGGACUAUCAUGGCGCAGGCAACAACGGCUGCUCAGACGUGCUGUGACCGAGGAGUUUUCCACGGCGACAUCAAGUUACAAAACCUGCUGAUCAACAAAAAAACACGUGAGGUCAAACUGAUUGACUUCAGGUGCGGGAGAUUCCUGAAAGAGUCCGCCUAUGACGACUUCUGUGGCACAAGAAGGUACUGUCCACCUGAGUUCGACAGAUUGCAAAGGUACCACGGUAAACCAGCUACUGUGUGGUCUCUGGGAAUGCUCUUAUUCCACAUGUUGUGUGGACGCUUACCAGAACCCAAAGACCAUCUGAGGAUUAAGGAUAACACCUGGUCUAUGUUUCACUUGUCCAAUGAUUGCCGCGACCUGAUUCGACGCCUCCUGCGGGAAAACCCAAGUGAGCGGAUUGGUUUGGAGGAAAUCAUUUCCCAUAAAUGGUUUAAGUUGCUGUCAAAACCCAAAUUUAAUGGAGUGGAGAAGAUCAAAACAUGGACAUACAUGGCUGCUACGGGACUGAAUGUGAUCCCUGGACUGGAUUACGCACAGGUACUCUGUUUCUCUGUCCAGGUCGUAUCCAGAUUGAGUCGACGCGGCUGAAAAGCAUCAACCAUUUGAGGAAAAAUGAGAUGCCGAUGAGAAAGAGGACAAGGACGGGAAGUUUUGUGAAGCUGCCGUCUCUUCAUUAUCGCAGCUCAGACCAGACCACUGCACCGAUAAAUAAGAGAAGUGCUGAGGUGCCUGUGCUCUAGAGGAUCAUGGUCUUCAGGAACCUCUAUCCAGUGGUCUUGAAGUCGUUCCUCCUGUAGAUCCGCAGGUUCAAACCCCUUCAGCUCCAGUCCACCACAGUCCAGCACCAGAUCACAGAGUGGACGUAAAAACUGAGGACAACAUUCUCAGCUGGUUUAAAAUCGGCAAAAUGCUUGGUGUGGGAGGAUUCGGCAAGGUUUAUGAAGGGAAGCGCUUGGAGGAUGGUCUUGAGUUGCUGUCAAAACCCAAAUUUAAUGGAGUAGAGAAGAUCAAAACAUGGACAUACAUGGCUGCUACGGGACUGAAUGUGACCCCUGGACCGGAUUACGCACAGGUACUCUGUUUCUCUGUCCAGGUCGUAUCCAGAUUGAGUCGACGCGGCUGAAAAGCAUCAACCAUUUGAGGAAAAAUGAGAUGCCGAUGAGAAAGAGGACAAGGACGGGAAGUUUUGUGAAGCUGCCGUCUCUUCAUUAUCGCAGCUCAGACCAGACCACUGCACCGAUAAAUGAGAGAAGUGCUGAGGGUUUUCCCGCAGCCUGCCGGAUCCAGGCCGUAUCCAGAUCUGGCGAUGACCUUAGCCUGGACACGAUGACAAUGCAGUGCUAAAGUGCCAACUAGCCUCUCCCUAUGGAGGAUCCCUUUCCCACUCUACAGAUUAAGCGAUGUGAAUUCGUUUCGCGUCCCUACCCUGAAGUGAUUCGAAAAUCUGUAUCAAAUUUAUAAACAAGUAGUUUGUUCAGGCAUGAGGGAAUUUAAAAACCUGCGCGCAUAUAUUCAAACGCACAUAACUAUUGAAUCAAUUCUUAAUGCGCAUGUGAACGUCAUCAGCAGGGCUGUUUCUACCAAUUUAUCACAGGUUCGCGUUUAAAGUCAUUCAUCUAAAAUUUCACGUUACAGUUACUGUAAAUUUGGCCUCUAGUUCAUAAACGCCAGAGGAGAACUGGCCCCCGACUGAGCCUGGGUUCUCUCAAGGUUUUUUUUUCCUCCAUCGGGUCACCUGAUGGAGUUUUUCAGUUCCUUGCCACUGUCGCCUUUGGCUUGCUCAGUUGGGGAUAUUCAAAUCAAUUAUACUACAGGGCUGUUGAACGCUUGAUUCUGAUUGGUUGAGAACGUUCAAUAGGUGUGCAAUUAUUUUCACGGCUAAAGUAGUUUCAGGCAAGUUACAGUUCCAUAUCACUGCGCGUAGUUAACGGAAAAUAGGACAGAAUUCAUAACAAGAGAAGACAUGCAGCCCCAUGCGCUUGAUCUGAAAUUUUCGAUGUCUAACUUCACAAUCAAUUGACACAUACAGUUUAAUUUUAAUAAAUAAAGUAUAGUCCUAUCUAUAAUAGGCUAAAUAGAAAAUUAAACUGAAUAGGCUAUAAAAAAAUGAAUAGUCCUGCUGCACGGAUUUUCGUAAUUAUUCCAGAUAAUAUAACAAAUAAAUAAUUAUUGAUUGGCUUACUUGUAAAAAAGUGCUUUGUGUGUUUCAUUUAUUGGGUUAUCUACUGUCAAUUAUAGAAAACAAUAAUGAACGAAUUAAUUAAAACGAAGUUAAUAAAUAAAUAAUAAUAUUGACGCA